CAUUAGUAUUAGUUAGUAGUUAGUACCCAACAUACUGCGUGGAAACAUUUAGUCCGAAAUAUAUUAAUCACCUAAACAAAUAGUAAGAGAUCAAGAAAGUCACUUUAUCUUGAUAAAUUUCGAAGUGUGAGGAUGAAUUUUCUCGACGUGUGUAUUAUGAUAUAUCUACAAAUAAACAGUUCAGGACAGCAUGCCAUCUUCCAGGAGCCGCCUAGCAGGGCUUCCAUUGGUAUUCUCAAGCCAAUGUGUAAUCUACCAAAGAACCACGACCACAUGUCUGUAUAUUGUGGUGGGUUUGGACCACAACAUAAUGCUAUUAACAUGGGUCGCUGUGCUAUAUGUGGUGAUGAAUUCAGUACUCCAAAUAAGGAGCACCAGGCUGGAGGAAGGUUUGCUACAGGAACUAUAGCACGCAGCUACCGACCCGGUCAACUUAUAGAUGUUGAGAUUGACCUGGUAGCAAACCAUUUCGGGUUCUUCACCUUCGCCAUCUGCCCGCACAACAACAUCCUCACCUCGCCCAGCAGGGAUUGUUUUCUGAAAAAUCAGCUGAUGGUGAAUGGUGUGAUUGAGUACUUUGCAACUGCUGGAAUUGGACUCAAGAAAAUGAAGGUUCAGCUUCCUGAGAAAAUGACAUGUAAGCAGUGUAUAUUCCAGUUUACAUACACUAAUGGGAAUAACUGGGGGGCCGGACCACAAAGUGCUGAAGUUCAAACCCUUGAUUGUCUAGAGAAUGUUGGAGGUAAGCUAGGCUGUGGUCCACAAGAAACAUUCAGGGGAUGUGCAGAUAUAUGUAUAGGAGACUUCUGCCCCUUUCAGGAUAAAUGUGCUAAGGUUUCUGAUAUCAAGGAUGAAGCUUUAGUAACAUCAACAACAGCAACAACAAUCAAACCAACAACGACAUCAUCCACAACAAAUACCAAAUGGACAACAACAACAUUAUCUACCACAACUAAUAAAAUAAGUUCAACAUCAACAACAGUUCAAAUAACCACAACAGCCGCUAUGACAACAUCCUCCCCAAUGGAGAAGAUUUGUGUUUACUCUGGUAUAAAGAGCCAGUACUGGAGCCAACCUGGAGAUUUCUACUGUAGAUCUAUCUGCCAGGAUAAACCUGAAUCUGUUUGUUGGGAGGGAGCUAACACACACUUCCUCUGUUACUGUCAGCAGACCCCACCAGACUUAAAAUAUCUACCAGUUAUUAUUAAUAUUACUGAGAGAAAUUAAAUCUUU